AUGGAGCUGAACAGACUGCUCCUCCUCACAUCCUUCCUCCUGCACAUGGAAGAGGGCCAUGCCAACCUAACACGGCUGGUCUGCGACAACAGACUCAUCCAGAAGUACAUCGGGGAGGCCAAGGACAUGGAGAAGAAAGCGGGCCAGUGCCAGGCACUGCCCACACUCAACUGCCCCAUGGUGCUGCCCUUGGUGGACUUCAGCCUCCAGCAGUGGAAAUCCAAAUCGAAUGAGACCAAGCGGCAGGAGAUCCUGUGCGACCUGGCACUGCUGGUGGGUGCCGUGGUAGAGGCCCAGGGCCAGGUGACCCAGGAGUGCGGGGCCAGGCAGCUGAGCCAGCUUUACCGACACACCAACUCCUUCCUCCUGCUCCUGCAGACCUUCAGCUGGGAGGCAGGACCCUGGGAGCCAGGCUGCUCCACGCACUCUGUGGAGCAGACCCACGUCACCAGCAUUUUCCUCACCUACCGGCAGCUAGUGCAGGGCAAGCUGCGCUUCUUCUUCCAUGACCUGGCCAAGGACUUGUGCAAGCAAAGCCAGGAAGGUGGCAGAGACCCUCAGUGGAGGGCCCAGUGA